GAGAGUGCUGGCUGUACCAUUAGUAGAGACUGAGCCUGUAGAGAGUGCUGGCUGUACCAUUAGUAGAGACUGAGCCUGUAGAGAGUGCUGGCUGUACCAUUAGUAGAGACUGAGCCUGUAGAGAGUGCUAGCUGUACCAUUAGUAGAGACUGAGCCUGUAGAGAGUGCUGGCUGUACCAUUAGUAGAGACUGAGCCUGUAGAGAGUGCUGGCUGUACCAUUAGUAGAGACUGAGCCUGUAGAGAGUGCUAGCUGUACCAUUAGUAGAGACUGAGCCUGUAGAGAGUGCUGGCUGUACCAUUAGUAGAGACUGAGCCUGUAGAGAGUGCUGGCUGUACCAUUAGUAGAGACUGAGCCUGUAGAGAGUGCUGGCUGUACCAUUAGUAGAGACUGAGCCUGUAGAGAGUGCUGGCUGUACCUUUUUUUAUGGAUCCUUUAGGCACAAAUCACAAAGAUGAGAAGGACACUGCUUUCAUUACAGUAGAGGAGGAGGAAGAUGAAGAUGAGAAAGAUGAUAGCGAGACAACAGUGAUAGACUGUGAGGAGGAAUCAGAUGACAAUGAAGAAGCAGAAAACACUAACUCCCGCUGUAGCACCGAAGCGACUGACGAAGACAUUAUCGAGGAGCUGGACACCAAGGAUACAGGAGAUGCCCAGCUGGAUAAUACCCACGUCCCCUGGAUACGACUGGACAGAGAGGUCUACUUCUAUGCUGGGCACAAAAUCAACAUCGUCGAGGCAAUGGACUCCCAUGGCGGAGUGAUAUGGCCAGCAGCGUUGGCUCUAUGUAACUACCUGGAGACCAAUACUGAUGUGAUAGAUCUGAAAGGAAAGCAGGUUUUGGAACUGGGAUCAGGGACAGGAUUAGUGUCUAUCGUCGCCAGUCUACUGGGUGCCCAGGUGACGGCCACCGACCUCCCAGACGUCCUUAGUAAUCUGAGAUACAACUUGCUCCGAAACACCAGAGGGCGCUCUAAAUAUACACCUGAGGUGACAGCUCUGUCCUGGGGUCCUGAGGUGGAACGCACUUACCCACGAUCCGUGUAUCGCUAUGACUACGUGCUGGCGGCUGACGUGGUGUAUCACCACGACUUAGAGGAGCUGUUGGUUACCAUGAAAUACUUCUGUCGUCCAGGAAACACUAUGAUCUGGGCCAACAAGAUCCGCCUCAAGACAAACCUGGUAUUCACUGAGGACUUCAAGAACACAUUCAACACCACCCUGCUGGCUGAGAUGGGAGAGGUUAAGAUCUACAAGGCCACAUGUAAAAGGUAGGAAUUGUGGAAAGAAGGAUGAGGAACUACUGUCGACAUCCUGCCGACUGUAACCAAGACUUCCGAGUCUUUUCUUCUUCCUCUGAGAAAUGCUUGAAGACAGAAGGCGGCCAUCUUGGCUAAUGAUAAUGGACGUUGAUGGACUACUGAUGUUGUUGUUGAUGUACUUUCUAAUGAUCUACUAUAUAUAGUGCUUUAUUGUUUACUUUGUUUUUACACACGUACUUAGAUAGUUGAUAUUAAUAUUAAAAUGUAUGCACUU